UGGGUGCAGUAAUUGCUCAUAUGACACUUGCUUAAACUUGUGUUGCCUUUAAGAGAGUGUGAGCAUAAGACACUUGCACUGACUUGUGUGACUUUGCCUUUAAGAGAGUGAAAGCAUUGCACUAACUUGGGUGACUUUGCCUUUAAGAGAGUGUGCCUUUAACAGAGUAAAAGACAUUAAUUAACUUCAAGUAGAUGACACUGAAUUUUGCUAAGUCAUGCUACAAGUGGUAAGCAACCGAUGGAUGCUGAUGAUAAGAAGUCAAAACCCAGACAGAACAAGGGUGUAACCUUGGCAGGGGUCACUUACUGACAUUAAGGAACACAUUGGUAUAGGGGCAAAUGCCAUGGUAAUAUUGUUAAUUAUUAUUAAGUGCAAUAGGCUAAGUAAGAUUGUUUGCAAUAGGCUAAGUAAUAAAGCCAUUAUUGAUGUUUAGCUAUUAAUUAUAUCUAUAGAAAGAUUGUUAAAACCAUUAUUGAGAGUUGACAAAAGUAACUGCAUAAGACCACAUAACAGGCAGAAAAACAUGUUUGUUUGAAACUAAAGAUGACGGCAUUGCAGUUUAGGAAUACGUCAGAGAUAGUACCUGAGUAUGCCCUGAUAAGCUUGGUUGAGGCUAAAGACAGACUGGCCAGAUGUCUUGGGCCAGGGCCAAUCUCAGAGGGUGCGGUCUCAGGAUCUGUGGAGUUGCGCCAAAACUGUUACACAAGUGAACAGUAUAAAGAGGGGUACAUCUAGGCAAUCUGAUCAGUGAGUUGUCUGAUUGUGUAUUGAUUGUCAUGUCUGAUGUCUGAUGUCUGAGCCAGUCUGAGUAUUUGUGGUGUGUGUAUUUGAGUGUAUUUUUGGGACCCAUGGAUGGACGCAUCCUCGGUGUUGUUUCCCGCUGAUCGCCUGUUUUUCUCCUGGUCCAAAGAUUGCCCAGAUGUCCCCUCCCAUUGCGCCCCAGAAGCGGCAGGAUAGGAUGAUGCAAACAGAGAUCACGAUUCUUGUUGACAGGGCUGCUAUUGUAACCGGUGCUCUGUUGGGACUCCUUUUGGCCGCAUGCGUAAGCCAAGCACUGAUGAGCCAGAGGAUGAAACGUGAGGUGUCCGGUGCCAGCUAUCACACCUUCUAUGAGGGAAGCAUGACCGUUCCGUAUUGCACAACAUGGGCAUCCUGCUCCAUCCCAUUUACCUUUGAUGACAACGUAAUCUGUUUGACCGAAAAUGAAUAUGGAAAUUGGAUGCUCCUUACCAAGCGAGAAACGGUGGUAUUUGAACUGUCGGAAGAAGAGACAAUAACCUGUGACAUCCCUUCCUUCACUGUGCAUUGUGUAACUAAAGAUUUUUGUUCUACUGCAGUGACCAGGGAAGACUGCAAGGACUCUAAGAAGGAUGAGAGCUGGACAAUUGUUUUACCGGAUGAGAACUUAAUAUUUGAAUUGCAAGAAGGGGUUGGGUUGAUUUGUGAAAAUCCCAGUAUGCCUUCCACUUCCCCAAAACUAACAGUGGGGAUUCAGGAACGCAUUUUAGGUUGUAAAACAUCCACUGAUACACAGGUUCGUGCUGUAAUGUUAAACAUAUCAUACACUGAUGGGGAACCAGAGGGACUGACAUAUGUGUGUAAAUAUACAGGAAAAGAGUCAUCUGAACCUCUUUUAAUGUAUAUCAGGAGACCUGUAAUGGAUGGGAAAUUAUUAAACAACCGGCACAAGGGAAAGAGGGACCAUGCACGGCGUCAUUUAGGCUCCCUGCAUGCCUCCUCAUGGGAACUUGAUAAUACCUUUGUAAAAACUGCCAAAGAUGUGUUUAAUGUGACAAAUGUUCAGGGACCAUGUUGGGUAUGUGGGUUUGUGCCUCACGGGCAGACUAGGGGUUACCCUUAUCUAGGUGUAUCUUUAACCAUGAGUAUGCUUGCCGAUAUGAUUGGGAAUAAGACUGUGUGGAAUUUUACAGGUCUUAACACACCAGGUAGGGAUGACUUGCUGGAUAAGUUGCAUCUAGCUAAUAAUGUGACUACAGGUGCUAUUAUGUUUCAAAAUCUGGAUGGGGAGAUAUAUAGUACUAAUAACCUAACCCAGCUACCUGACAUGAUAAUGUUAAUGUAUAACAUAGGACGGCUAGUUAAAAAUAGGACAGGGGUAUUCAACAUUAAACUGAAAUUCUAUGACUUCUCAUAUUUGACUUAUGCCCAUGAGAAAUGGAAGACUAAGUUUGGUGAGCCCAGAGACCUUAUUAAAGACUGGUACCAGCUUAAUAGGGAAACACUAGCAGGUAACACACGGACUAAGGAUGGGAGGAAGCGAUUGAAUAGGAUAUGUCCUCCUUUUGUUAAACUGCCAGUGGGAUAUUAUUGGUUGUGUGGGAGGUGGGCAGUAAAGGUAAUACCUUGCACCCAUUAUGGCCCAUGCUUUUUAGGAUAUAUAUUCCCUGCUUUUAACAUAACCACCACGCUUCCACCACCUAUAUUGCAUAGAACACGAAGAUACCUUGACCUGGACAAAAUACACAAUGGAGUUAAAAUUAGUGAAGGUAUGCGCCUGCUUGCAACAUUUGUCCCUCAUUAUGGGGCUGCUACAGCCCUCACUAGAUUAAACACGCUAGCUGAUUUAGUGGAUGAAGCUUUUAAUGUAACUAGAGAUGCAAUAGAGCUCUUAGCAUUAGAACAGGAACAAAUUAGGAUGGUGGCAUUGCAGAAUAGAAUGGCUCUAGACUAUCUCCUAGCUGCAGAAGGAGGAGUUUGCCAGAGAAUCCACCAGCAAUGCUGUGUGUACAUAGAAGACAAUACAGGUAAAAUCAAACAUGACCUACACAGACUAGAAGAAGUGCAAAAGCACAUACGUGAGGUACAUGAUGAUUCAUUUAGCAAAUGGCUUAAAGACUUUGACUGGACUUUUGGACUGGGGGGAUGGCUUGGAAGCUUAGGCAAGACUAUAGUUAAAUGGCUAUUAAUAAGUCUGGCUUGCUUGUGUGGGAUAUUCAUUAUAGUAAAAAUGUUUGGAUGUUUCUGUAAUACAUUAGGUAGGAUGUGUUUUAAACCAAAAGACAAUAUUACUUGAGUGUUUUAAUUAUUAAGGUAUGUGUUUAGAAACAAGCAAGGUGUCACAUGACCAAGGGGUGGAAUGUAAGGAAAGUGGGUGCAGUAAUUGCUCAUAUGACACUUGCUUAAACUUGUGUUGCCUUUAAGAGAGUGUGAGCAUAAGACACUUGCACUGACUUGUGUGACUUUGCCUUUAAGAGAGUGAAAGCAUUGCACUAACUUGGGUGACUUUGCCUUUAAGAGAGUGUGCCUUUAACAGAGUAAAAGACAUUAAUUAACUUCAAGUAGAUGACACUGAAUUUUGCUAAGUCAUGCUACAAGUGGUAAGCAACCGAUGGAUGCUGAUGAUAAGAAGUCAAAACCCAGACAGAACAAGGGUGUAACCUUGGCAGGGGUCACUUACUGACAUUAAGGAACACAUUGGUAUAGGGGCAAAUGCCAUGGUAAUAUUGUUAAUUAUUAUUAAGUGCAAUAGGCUAAGUAAGAUUGUUUGCAAUAGGCUAAGUAAUAAAGCCAUUAUUGAUGUUUAGCUAUUAAUUAUAUCUAUAGAAAGAUUGUUAAAACCAUUAUUGAGAGUUGACAAAAGUAACUGCAUAAGACCACAUAACAGGCAGAAAAACAUGUUUGUUUGAAACUAAAGAUGACGGCAUUGCAGUUUAGGAAUACGUCAGAGAUAGUACCUGAGUAUGCCCUGAUAAGCUUGGUUGAGGCUAAAGACAGACUGGCCAGAUGUCUUGGGCCAGGGCCAAUCUCAGAGGGUGCGGUCUCAGGAUCUGUGGAGUUGCGCCAAAACUGUUACACAAGUGAACAGUAUAAAGAGGGGUACAUCUAGGCAAUCUGAUCAGUGAGUUGUCUGAUUGUGUAUUGAUUGUCAUGUCUGAUGUCUGAGCCAGUCUG